GUAAUACACACAUUUUUGAUACAUCUAUUUUUAUUGUGAUUGCACGUAUAUAACUUAUAUGUCAUCUCUGCAAUGGUCAUUUUCAUCAAUGUGCCUAUUGCUCACAAGACAGCGAUAUGCAUUAAUUCUCAUCUCAUGUAUGCUCAUCUUUCAGAUUGCAAGCGACUUCGAGGAACGGUGGAACAUGCCCCACUGUGUGGGCGCAAUCGAUGAAAAACAUGUUGCCAUCGAAUGCCCCUCAAAAUCAGAAAGUGAGGACUACAACUACAAAAACUGUUUCAGUAAAUAACUGCUUGCUAUCAGCGACGCCUGCUACAGAUUUCUGUACGUAGAAAUAGGACACCACGGGAGUGACUCAGAUGGUGGAGUGUUCAGCCGAAGUAGGCUACAAGAGGCCAUUCUUUCAAACAAGCAAGGAUUUCCCCCCGAUGCACCGCUUGGCAACGUUGGCAAUAUUCCCUUCUACUUGGUGGGAGAUGAAGCGUUUCCCUUAAAGACCUACAUGAUGCGGCCAUAUCCCCGGAAAAGUCUUCACCCAUUUUUGGCUGCUAGCACGGAGGAGGAGCAGUUACAUGGUGACCAAGGCGAUUCUGCAUUGACGAGCCACUUCGCUGAGCCCCACAGCAAAAGGAUAUUUAACUACCGUCUGAGCAGAGCCCGUCGGGUCAUAGAGAAUGCCUUCGGCAUAAUGGCACAAAAGUGGCGCAUCCUGCGCCGCCCGUUCAAAGCUAAGGACGACAACGUGAGAAGAAUUAUCUCUGCUUGUGUCGUUCUGCACAACUUCCUGCUCAAGGAGUCCCCCACUUCCCGGUCUGCAUACUGCCCUCCUGGAACAGCUGACCACCUAGACUGGCAAGGAAACAUCACUGAAGGCAGCUGGAGGGCCGAGGAUAGCAGCAACACUGCACUGCCAUCACUGCGUAGCACAGGCUGUCACUCAACCAGAGCGGCCUACAGAGUGCGAGACCUCCUUGCCAAGUACUUCGUCACUGAUGGCAAGAUCCCUUGGCAAGAGUACAUGAUCAAGGACAGAACACUGUGCAGUGGUGUUACCGGGAGUGGUGAUGCCCCUGCUCCUGAAAGCUCAUCCUGAGAACUUGCGUCAUAAGUGGCAUCCUCCAGCUGCGGUGUCUCUGCAGCCUCCGUGCUGCCCUCUGUGCUCGUACUUGGUCGAUCCACGUUUGGUGUUCUGUGUUAUGUGUCAUUGACAAAAACAAUCAUGCGAAACAAUUUUGAGCUUCCUCACUGCUUUGUUGAAUAGCGUUUGUAUCAAAUGACCACUGGUGAUUGCUUUCAAGCAGUGCAAAAUUACUUCGUGGAACUGGAGAAAAACAUAAUUUCAGAGGAAUUUUUCCAAUAUGUGCCAUGCAGUGACGAAAAUAUGUACUAAAGCCACAAUACACUGCACUGUGUUCAGUGCAAUUUGAGUGCAGUUUUUGGUUCUUUUGACGUACGACUUCAUUUACACUUUAAGGAUGGAAAACGAGCUGAACUCAUCAAGCGCAUACUUUGUAAAAAAGGACAAAUGACGAGACUAGCUCGUCGAGCGCUUCUUUGUUUUCCAUGCAGGCCUGAAGAUGAUUUAGCUC